CGUUUUUCAACCAAGAGUCUUCUCUCUCAUCAUCUCACUCUCACUCUCUCUCUACAAAAGCAGCAACACAUUCACUGAAGCAAACAAUUUCAUUGAUUCGUACAUCAACAGUGUUCACUUGCACCGAUUUGUACGUUGUUCAUUAAUUAUUCAAGCAAUCAACGGCGAUUCAAUCGUUUGAUCAUUGAUUGUUGCGGAUUUUCAAUUGCGUUAUUUAAAUCAAAUGCGAUUUACAGAUAACGGUGCUGAAGUUCACUUAGGGUUUGUGUAAUCAUCGAAGUUUGAAAUUAAGCUGUGAAGAUGAGUGGAGCAGUGCUUGUGGCUGUUGCUGCUGCUGUUGGUAAUCUGCUUCAAGGAUGGGAUAACGCCACUAUUGCUGGAGCUGUGUUAUACAUAAAGAAAGAGUUUCACUUGGAAAGUGAACCAACCAUUGAAGGUUUGAUUGUGGCUACAUCAUUAAUUGGUGCCACCUUGGUUACAACUUGCUCUGGUGGAGUAGCGGAUUGGCUUGGUCGACGGCCCAUGCUUAUCAUAUCAUCAGUUUUGUAUUUUCUCAGCGGUCUAGUUAUGCUAUGGGCACCCAAUGUUUACAUCCUUCUUUUGGGUAGAUUGUUAGACGGUUUUGGGAUCGGGUUGGCGGUCACUCUUGUUCCUGUCUAUAUAUCCGAGACGGCACCUCCUGAAAUAAGAGGGUCACUCAAUACGUUGCCUCAGUUUACGGGUUCUGGUGGGAUGUUUUUGUCGUACUGCAUGGUGUUUGGGAUGUCAUUAAUGGAGUCGCCUAACUGGAGGUUGAUGCUCGGGGUGCUCUCCAUCCCGUCACUCGUUUAUCUUUUUCUUACCAUAUUUUUCUUGCCGGAGUCUCCAAGGUGGCUUGUUAGCAAAGGUAGAAUGCAGGAAGCCAAACAGGUUUUGCAGAGGCUACGUGGGAAAGAAGACGUGUCAGGUGAGAUGGCUUUACUAGUUGAGGGGCUAGGAGUCGGGGGAGAAACAUCAAUAGAAGAAUUCAUAAUCGCCCCUGCAAAUGAUCUCGAACAGGAUCAAGACGAAGCUGCGAAAAUCAAGCUGUACGGUCACGAAGCAGGGGUCUCGUGGAUUGCUCGACCCGUCACCGGACAGAGUAUGCUUGGUAUUGCAUCUCGUCAAGGAAGUACUAUAAACCCGAGUGUCCCCCUUAUGGAUCCACUCGUCACCCUCUUCGGUAGUGUCCACGAGAAGCUUCCGGAUGCUGCUGGUAGCAAAGGAAGCAUGCUGUUCCCACACUUCGGAAGUAUGUUCAGUGUUACUGGAAAUCAAGCUAAACACGAGGAUUGGGAUGAAGAGAGUGUCGGUAGAGAAGGUGAUGAUUACGGAUCCGAUGGUGCCGGGAAUGAUUCUGAUGACAACUUGCAUUCUCCCUUAAUUUCCCGACAAACUACAAGUGUCGAGAAAGACAUGAUUCAGCCUGCUUCUCAUGGCAGUAUUCUUGGUGUUAGAAACGGUAGUGCGGUGCAAAACGCAGCAGGAGAACAGUUAAGUAGCACGGGAAUCGGAGGCGGUUGGCAGCUCGCGUGGCAAUGGACAGAACGAGAAGGGCAAGAUGGUCAGAAGGAAGGAGGGUUUAAAAGAAUCUAUUUGCACCAAGAAGCUGGAACCGGAUCUCAACGUGGGUCAUUGAUUUCUAUCGCUGGCGGUGAUAUGGUGGCAGACGGUGGUGAUGUAUUCCAGGCUGCAGCGUUGGUUAGUCAGCCUGCACUUUACUCUAAAGAUCUUGUGGAUCAGCACCCAGUUGGACCGGCUAUGGUUCACCCAUCUGAAGCCGCAAUGAAAGGCCCGAGCUGGAGGGAUCUUUUUGAACCAGGAGUUAAGCAUGCGUUGUUUGUUGGUAUUGGUCUUCAGAUACUUCAACAGUUUUCUGGAAUCAAUGGAGUUCUUUACUACACGCCUCAAAUUCUUGAAGAAGCAGGUGUUGGCGUUCUUUUAUCAAAUUUGGGCAUUAGUUCAACGUCAUCAUCGCUUCUUAUUAGUUGCAUCACGACUUUACUGAUGCUUCCUUGCAUUGCUGUAGCGAUGAGGCUUAUGGACAUCUCUGGAAGAAGGACUUUGCUGUUGACUACAAUUCCGGUCUUGAUUUUGACCCUAGUGGUGUUGGUGAUUGGAAGUGUAAUAGACUUUGGGAGCGUUGUGAAUGCAGCCAUCUCAACAGCUAGCGUUGUGAUCUAUUUUUGUUGUUUCGUGAUGGGAUUUGGUCCAAUCCCCAACAUCCUGUGCGCAGAGAUUUUCCCAACCAGAGUGCGUGGACUUUGCAUAGCCAUUUGCGCGCUCACUUUUUGGAUCUGUGACAUCAUCGUGACGUACUCACUGCCCGUAUUGCUUACUUCCAUUGGUCUCUCGGGAGUUUUUGGACUGUAUGCUGUCGUAUGCAUCAUAUCGUGGGUGUUUGUGUUCUUGAAGGUGCCUGAAACUAAAGGAAUGCCGCUUGAAGUUAUCACAGAGUUCUUUGCUGUUGGUGCGAAACAAAUUGCUGCAUCGAAGAGCAAUUGACUUGUGUUCAGCUGUUUGGUAUCAUCAACGUUUUUGGAGUGUGUUAUGGUGUUUAUCUUUGUCGUUUAUUUGAUGUUUUUGGUUUUAUUUAAGUUUUGUUGUGAUUGAAACAGGAAACUCAAGAUUUUUAGUUUUUAAUGUUGUAAUUGCUUGUACCAUUUGUCUCAACACACAAGUUUAGGUCC